AACUAAAACAUUACAACCAAAUACUCGACCACCUUAAAAGCGAGGGAGACCAUCACAAAAUGAUCCCCGCGACUUACCUCUCAAGAAUGGGCUUAUAUGACUUCACAAUCGGCGGCGUUAACGUCAGGGCACAGGUGAUCGUCGACCCGAAGCUCGUCGACCAUGCCCUGGCGGAACUGGAGUUGACCGCGGACAACCCGUUUGUCGGGUUGGAUUUGAAGACAUGCAGGGAUGCAUUGGGGAGGAGGAGAUGUGCACUUCUCAUACUAUGCACAAACACCAAGUGCCUCAUCAUACAAUUGGACCGCAUGACCAAAAAAAGCCAAAACACUCGAAUCCCUUGCGUUCUCGGGGAGUUUUUGUCCGACAAGUGUCUCUGUUUCGUGUCCCCGAACGGGUUCACGAAGAGGACGAGCGGUUUGUCGUUUCGCGAGAAUGCAAACGUGGUGACCCUCACGCAGUUCUGCAGGCCAAGUCGCUCACCUCGUGUCUUUGAGUGUAAGAGGAUUUGGGCAGUUGAGGUUGGCGAGUACGCGGCUAGGGUGCUUAAGAACCCAAAGCUUCUCAAGUGCAAGUCACUUGAGAAGCUGGGAGCCGAGGCUGGAGUCGACCUGAACACCACCGCCCUCUCGGACAGUGGUGCAAGGGCUAAAUGGCCUUCGCCCGAGUGGGACUCUAAGCUUUUCUCUGAGGAGGAAGUGGUGAGCGUCAUGUAUGAUGCGGUUGCGUGUUAUCUUAUUGUUCAAAAGCUCUUGGCUUCAUGAGUAAAACUAAAACCUAAUUGUCCAAACUCGAUCAUAGCCAUGCAUGGUUACCUAUAUAUUGUUUUCUUUCAAGUACUAAGGGCCGGGGUGAUUAUUACUCAAGUGUAAUUUACUAUCUAUAGCAUGGCUGGUUUGAAACAACAUAAUAUUAUCAAUAAGCAUUUGAAUAUUUU